AUGGCGCUAGCGAGGCCGUUAAGACUAUCCUCUCCAUCCUCGUCAGGCAUCGCACCGACGCCGUCCUCAUCCCUAUCCCGCAGUACCCGCUCUACACUGCUUCUAUCACCGCCUUUGGCGGCCAGCACGUCGGUUACUACCUCGACGAGGACAAUGGCUGGAGCCUCAACGUCCACGAGUUGCACCGCUGCCUCGCCGACGCCCGUGCCAAAGGCCUUACCGUCCGCGGACUCGUCGUCAUCAACCCGGGAAACCCCACGGGCCAGGUCCUGUCGCGCUCCAAUAUUGAGAGUGUCGUCGCCUUUUGCGACCGAGAACGCUUGGUCCUCAUGGCCGAUGAGGUCUAUCAGAACAAUGUCUACACCCCCGACAAACCCUUUGUUUCCUUCAAGAGCGUCGUCACCGAAAUGGCCGCCGACGUCGAGCUCGUCUCCUUCCACUCUGUAUCCAAGGGCCUCAUGGGCGAGUGCGGCUUGCGCGCGGGCUACAUGGAGGUCCUUAAUAUCGACCCCUAUGUCCAGGACCUCAUAUACAAGGUCUUGUCCGUCUCGCUCUGCUCAAACAUCAUUGGCCAGGUCGCCAUCGACCUCAUGAUGAACCCGCCGCAGCCGGGCGACCCUUCGUACCACCUGUAUAACAAGGAGACAACCGAAAUUUAUACAGCCCUUCGUAACAAGGCUAUUGCAAUGUCAGACGGUCUUAAUACACUCGAGGGCGUCAAGUGCCACCCGUCGGAGGGCGCCAUGUAUCUCUUUCCGAGCAUCACCCUACCCCCCGCUGCCAUCACGGAGGCCGCCGCACGAGGAAUGGCCUCUGCAGACGUGCUUUACUGCAUUGAGAUGCUGGAUGCCACCGGCAUUUGCGUCGUCCCGGGCUCGGGCUUUCUCCAACAAGAAGGCACAUAUCAUUUUAGGACCACCUUCUUACCACCAGAGCAUGAAAUUAAGGACGUCAUUACACGUAUGCGUACCUUUCAUCAACGCUUCAUGGCCAAAUAUUCGUGAGACAACUCUUUGCCACCUGACGAGACCGACUUGUGACAAUGGUACGGUAAACGAGUAUUUUUAGUGCCAUCUCAAAAUGACCUCCAACUACAUCUACUGCCACUAAAAACUACCGCUACUCUACUG